CCUCACCUGCCUGUCAACCCGCGCCAGUAACGACGACGAGGAAUUGAGAUUGCAGUUGCGGCACGAGCUCUGGUGUUUGACUGCUUUUCACGAAAACACCUAUAUAUACUGUAUAAUACCCCGCCAACACACCAUCACCACAUCCCAGCAUCCUGCUGACUACGACGACAGCACCACACCACACCACACCACAUAAAGCCAUGUCCGGCAUUGCCCCCGCCCCGUUCUUCUUCAAACAGCCGCUGCGCUACCUCAAGUGGGUGUCGUACAACAAGCCCGCCUACUUCUACAGCGUGGCUAUUGGCUGCGUCGGCCCUGUGCUGGUCGUUGCCGUGCCGCCCAUUCGGAGGUACAUGGGCGACGAGAAGAUUGCGCAGAUUCCCAUGACUUACCCAGUACCGAAGGGAGCGCGACAGAAGCUGACGGGGUAUGAGGACGAGUAGAGGGUGGGGAGGUGAGGGGGUGAGAGGAGGUGGAGUUUAUAUCAUGGGGAAGGAGAGGGGGUGGAGAUGGGAAGAGUGGGAGCAAACAUCGGCAAUGUAGAUCCUCGGGACUGCGACAGUGUACUGCAUGAAGCAUAUUUUCUUUUCGUCACAAUCCUGGCUGGAGUGAUUCGCAUUACUAACACACACUACUUACAUUUUGCAGAAUAGGUGUCUGAAGAGUACAUACCAUGAUCAAGAGCUGGGAUUGCAUCAGCCAUCCAGGGGCCAGGAGGCAUUCGUAACGCCAUGCUAAACUUUUCCAACCAAC